AUGAGUUUAAUCAAUCCAAAAACCGACAAGCUUGUGAGGAGAUUAACCAUUGCCGCAACUAUUACUGCCUCUUAUUUUCUCUUAACUGCUGAUUAUGGCCCUCAACCUAAUGCUCUUGACCCCAUUAAAAAGCAGAUACUUUCAGCAAAGAGCACUGUGAAAGACUAUAUUUUGGGAUCAAAAACAGAAUCUAAAGAAAAGCCCUUAGAGAAACUGAACAGUAACAAGGAUCAUCCGUAA